AGAAUCACUUCAUAAAUCUACCAGUGAAAUGCUUUUGAAGGGCAUAUUUGGUAGGAGAUGCAUUCCAUUGAUACCCAAAGGGAAGUUGAUUGGGUCACGUCAUUUCACCCAGUUGAAUAAACAUAUCCAAUACCCGAAAAUAGGAUCGAACCGUCAAACGGUAACUCAAAUGUUACUGCUUAGAUAUAAUAGUAAUAAGAAUGGAGGAGGUUUGGAAAAUGAACCAGAUCACAAACAAACUACCCCACAACCCCAUGUAAGAGUUACCAAAGAACAACUUUUGGCAAAGGCAACGAAUUUAUUUUCAAGGUUACAAAUUCGUUUCAAAUGGUUGAUGAAACGAUCCAAUCGACCAUUCAAUACUGAUGAUUAUUCCGCUUUAUUUUCGUGGUUAGUCAUGGGGAAUGCAUUGCUUUUCUUCCUUGCUACCACAACGUUCUUUUCUUUGGUUAUCUACACUGCAAACACAGUUUUAGCUCAAGAAUUUGUUGCUCGGAAACUUGGAGAAUUUAUCACCAAGAAUUCCAAUCUUACAGUUGUUUUCGAACAUGCUAUUGUCCCCGGCUGGUCAGAUGGAAAGAUUAGUUUUCGUAAAUGCUUUGUAAGUAGAAGACCAAAGGAAACGAAGCAGUUUAUUAAAGGGUCGCUGGCGGAGGCAUAUGCGACAUCAUUAGCCGGGAGAGAGGGUAAUGGCAUUAACGAUGUGAAUGGAGAAAACCUGGAUAUCAUCUUGGUGGACUCGGAAGACACUGAUGAUGGAAAUUAUACUCAAUAUGAUCUUACCAUUGAAGAGGUGAAUGUUUCCUUAUCAUUCAAUAAAUGGGUCAAUGGGUCCGGGAUCAUCAAAACUAUGGAAAUAAAGGGACUAAGAGGUGUUGUGGAUCGUACGCACGUUCGAUGGAGUGAAGAUGACGACGCUACAAACUAUAAGAACGUCUAUCAUCCUGGAGAUUUUGAAUUUGAAGACUUUAAAAUGGAAGAUGUUUUAUUUAAAUUAAAGCAACCCAAUGCAUUUAGACCUUUUGACGUGGCCAUCUAUAACUGUGAACUUCUGAGAUUGCGCAAACAUUGGUUAUUUUAUGAUUUGCUCAAUGCCAACAUCAUGAGUGGAUCUUAUGAUAAUUCUUUGUUCACCAUCCAUAAGAAACAACGUUUAGACGAUUUUGGCAGCAGUAGUAGUAGUCCAGGUUUAGCAAAUGCCAAUUGGCAGCGUGUCACUAGAUGUCGUGUGGAUUCGCUCAAUGUAGACCAUUUAAACACCGGUCUCGAAGGACCAUUUGGUUGGAUCACCGAUGGGAAAGUGGAUAUGGUUGGAGAUGUGAUGGUUCCAAGAGAAAAUAAAGAUUUGAAUGUUGCUGAACUUGUAUCAAUCAUUGCAGAAUCUAUCAGAAAGGAAGCCACUAGAUACAGAAACCCAGACGUGCCAGCAUCAACACAUAACUCAUCAUCUAAAGAUGGCUCUGAAUCUACUGUGACAACAUCCGAUGUUCUCAAGUACUUUGUGCUUGAUUUGACCAUCAGAUUGAACAACGUCAAGGCUUCAGUGCCAUUCCAAACACCAGAACUCUCAUAUAUCAACUACGCGUUGAUCAGACCCAUUGUGGCGUACAUCAACCUGAAAAAUACCUUCAUUGAAAUCCAUAAUCGAGUGGUGAAGAACUUAGAAGAUUUCAGUGGUUCAUGGACCGUAUAUGACUCUCUUCUUAUGGAUGAUAUUUCCACUGAAGUGUACGAUAAUUUUGUCGAUUAUGUUGCCAACGAAGAGGCAAGACUUGUACGAAUGAAGAAAUUGGGGUUCUGGACACUUCAAGUUUUACUUCAAGUCUUGGUUAUCGGAUUGGGACUGUUGUCUUAGAAGGUUAAAAACAAACAGACACAUACACACAAACACACACACAUGCAUAUAUACACACAUAAAAGCUUUUAGCUUAAUACAUACGAAGAACAUUUUUUAAUAAUUUAGUAGUGCUACAAGGAAAACAUUUCUUGAUGUAUAUAUUUAU